AUGGUCCUGAUCAAAUACCUCGCCCUGGCGGGGCUCGCCACCCACGCGGCCGCCAAGGCCAUCAACACCAAGCGCUCCCCCGCCAGCUCCGUCUCCUGCAACGGCCAAUCCUACACCUACCAACAGCUCGCCGGCUACGGCUCCGUCGCUUCCGACGCACGUGACUCCUUCGGCGACACCAUCAGCAUCGGCUCGUCCAUGUCGAUCAAGAACUGGAGCCGGUCGGGCGACUCCUACACGGGUACCCUAUACGGCCUGCCCGACCGCGGCUGGAACACCAACGGCACGCAGAACACCGUGCCCCGCGUGCAUAUCUUCGAUAUCCAGUUCACCCCGGCCCCGGAUGCGACCAAGGAUAAGCCGUCGGGGCCGAACCUGCAGUUUGAGUACAAGAGCACGAUUUUGCUGUCUGGGCCGGAUGGUAAGCCGCUGACGGGGUUGGACCCGGAUUUCACUGGGGGGUUGAAGUAUGACGGGUUCCCGACGCUGCCGGCGUCGACCUACCCUGGUGAUGGGUUUGGUGGGUCGGGGGCGGGGGAUAAGCGGAUUAGCUUGGAUGCGGAGGGGCUGGUGAUUUUGGAUGAUGGGUUCUGGAUCAGUGAUGAGUAUGGGCCGUUUGUGUACAAGUUUGAUAAUGAGGGGAAGAUGGUGGCGGCUAUUCAGCCGCCGGAUGCGAUUCUGCCGAUCCGCAAUGGGGAGGUUAGCUUCAACUCCAACACCCCUCCCAUCUACGACCCCAACCAGAUCCCCGACACGGCGGACCCGACCCACGGCCGGCAAAACAACCAGGGCUUCGAAGGCCUGACCAUCAGCCCCGAUGGCAAGUCGCUCUACGUCAUGCUCCAGUCCGCAGCCGAGCAAGACGGCGGCAGCAAGGGCUCCAAGAAGCGCAACACGCGCCUGCUCCAGUACAGCAUCGACGGCAACAGCGCCACCUACAAGGCCGAAUACGUCGUGCCGCUGCCCAAGUAUGACAGCCACGACGGCAAGACCAAGGUUGCCGCGCAGUCGGAGAUCCAUUACAUUUCGGAGACGCAACUGCUUGUGCUGGCGCGCGACUCGGGCUCGGGCCGCGGCCAGACCGAGGCCAAGUCGAUCUAUCGCCAGGUUGACGUGGUGGACUUCUCGGACGCGACGGAUAUCAAGGGCGACAAGUUUGACAAUAUCCAGAAUGGGAACAUCACCGAUGGCGGGUUCGAGAAUCCUUCCGACGAUCUGGUCUCGGGCAUCAUCCCCGCCGAGCUGUGCUCCUUCCUCGACUUCAACGACAAUGAUGAGCUCAACAAGUUCACCACGGCCGAAGGCGACGUCAUCCACAACGGCAGCCCGGUUGAUCUCGGCCUGCUCAACGAGAAGUGGGAGUCGCUUGCGCUUGUGCCCGUGAAUGUUGCCGACAGCAGCAGCAAGAAGCGCUCCAAGUGCCAGACCCGCGAUGAUGACGACGAGUACUAUCUGUUUACUCUGUCGGACAAUGACUUUAUUACCAACAAUGGCUACGCCGACUUUGGCAAGAUCCAGUUCGUGGACAACACCGCGACCGUGCCGUUCCUCAACAGCCAGGCGUUGGUGUUCAAGGUUACGCUGCCCAAGGGGAGCAAGCCGCUUGUUGCUUAA